GCGCUUCUGCCUUACGCUCUCCGCUUCGCUUCCUUCUUACCGCAACCACCCAACUCUCUAAAGUACGUACGACUGCCAAAGAGACAGACAUACAGACUCGGCGUGUGCGUGUGCGUGUGUGUGUGUGUUGACAGCGGCGCUAAUUAAUGACAACGUCCAAGAACGCCACCCCCAGCGACGCCGAGAAGCAAACCGGCGAUCCGGAGGCGGAGGAGGACAGAUGUCCGGUGGAGGAGGUGGCCCUUGUGGUGCCCGUGACCGACGACCCCUCCCUCCCCGUGAUGACUUUUCGCGCUUGGUUCCUGGGUCUAACCUCUUGCACAGUCCUCAUCUUCCUCAACACCUUCUUCAUCUACCGGACUCAGCCCUUGACCAUCUCCGCGAUUCUCAUGCAAAUUGCUGUCUUGCCCGUUGGCAGGUUCAUGGCCACCACUCUCCCCACCAGGACCUACUCCCUCUUUGGCUGGACCUUCAGCCUCAACCCCGGCCCCUUCAAUAUGAAGGAGCACGUCAUCAUCACUGUCAUGGCCAACUGCGGGGUGUCCAUCGGCGGCGGCGAUGCUUACUCCAUCGGUGCCAUUACUGUCAUGAAGGCCUUCUACAAGCAAAGCUUGAAUUUCUUGUGCGCCCUCCUAAUUGUCUUGACCACCCAGAUACUGGGAUAUGGAUGGGCUGGGAUGUUGAGGAGGUAUCUGGUUGAUCCUGUUGAAAUGUGGUGGCCUUCAAACCUUGCUCAGGUUUCUCUUUUUAGGGCACUCCAUGAAAAGGAAACGAAAGCACAAGGCAUGAGCAGGAUGCGAUUUUUCCUGGUGUUCUUUGCUGCAAGCUUUGCCUAUUACGCACUUCCAGGAUAUCUAUUCCCAAUUUUGACAUUCUUCUCAUGGGUGUGUUGGGCGUGGCCACAUAGCAUCACCGCUCAACAAAUUGGUUCUGGUUACCAUGGGCUUGGGGUGGGUGCCUUCACCCUUGAUUGGGCAGGGAUCUCUGCUUAUCAUGGAAGUCCAUUGGUGACCCCCUGGUUCUCCAUUCUAAAUGUUGGGGUUGGCUUUAUUAUGUUCAUAUACAUAAUUGUCCCUUUGUGUUACUGGAAGUUCAAUACUUUUGAUGCCCGCAAGUUUCCCAUAUUCUCUAAUCAGCUGUUUACUGGUACUGGCCAAAAGUAUGAUACCACAAAGAUCUUGACUCCACACUACGACCUCAACAUCCCUGCCUAUGAUAGUUACGGGAAGCUCUAUCUUAGCCCUCUCUUUGCCCUUUCAAUUGGAUCAGGAUUUGCAAGAUUUACGGCGACCCUAACUCAUGUGGCCCUGUUUCAUGGAAGUGAAAUCUUGAAACAAAGCAAGUCCGCAAUGAAGAACAUCAAACUGGACAUCCAUGCAAAAAUGAUGAAAAGUUAUAAACAAGUACCUCAAUGGUGGUAUCUGGUGCUGCUAAUAGGAAGUAUUGGCUUCUCCCUCUUAAUGUCUUUUGUGUGGAAAGAAGAUGUGCAGCUGCCAUGGUGGGGAAUGCUCUUCGCCUUUGCGUUGGCUUUCAUUGUUACCCUCCCCAUAGGCGUCAUUCAAGCAACAACCAACCAGCAACCUGGAUACGACAUUAUUGCACAGUUCAUAAUUGGGUAUGUCCUGCCGGGGAAGCCUAUUGCAAACUUGCUUUUCAAGAUUUAUGGACGAAUCAGCACUAUCCAUGCUCUAUCCUUCCUAUCAGAUCUUAAACUGGGACACUACAUGAAAAUUCCACCUCGGUGCAUGUAUAUGGCUCAGCUGGUGGGCACACUUGUCGCCGGCACAGUCAACCUAGCUGUUUCAUGGUGGAUGUUAGAGAGCAUUGACAACAUCUGCGAUAUUGACGCCCUCCACCCGGAAAGCCCUUGGACAUGCCCCAAAUUCAAAGUCACCUUCGAUGCCUCAGUUAUAUGGGGCCUAAUAGGACCAGAGCGGCUGUUUGGAGCCAGGGGGUUGUACAGGAACUUGGUUUGGCUAUUCCUCAUAGGGGCCGUGUUGCCGGUACCCGUCUGGGUACUCAGCAAGAUGUUCCCGGAAAAGAAAUGGAUUCCCUUGAUUAACGUACCUGUUAUAUCGUAUGGCUUUGCUGGAAUGCCGCCGGCAACUCCCACCAACAUAGCUAGUUGGCUCAUCACUGGGACCAUCUUCAACUAUUUCGUUUUCAGAUAUCGAAAGCGAUGGUGGCAGAAAUACAACUAUGUUCUGUCUGCAGCCUUGGAUGCUGGCACAGCUUUCAUGGCUGUUGUGCUCUUCUUUGCUCUGCAAAAUGAAGGCCGGAACUUGAAGUGGUGGGGAUCCGACCCAGACCAUUGCCCUCUGGCCACCUGCCCAACUGCACCCGGCAUCAUGGUUAAAAAUUGUCCAGUUUUCAAGUAGUCAUCUAAUGUGACUGCGGUCCUCUCCAAAAGCUGGUUCAUUUGAAUAACCCCUUCUUGCCCUUUUAGAAACAAUAUGCUGCUGCUUCCUUAGCUAUACUUUAUAUAUACUGGGUAUAGGAGAGGGCCAUCGCCCCUCAUGCCUGGUCCUAGAAAAUUUUUGUAUACAGCCAGCAUAUAUCUAUAAUAGAUUCCCGACACCAGCUUUGUUUUCA